AAAAUUGUUCUGAAAUUUCAUAUUUUAAGAAUUAUUAUGAUCAUAUUAAUACUAAAACGCAAUAUAUAUUUAUAGAAAAGGAUUGUAAAUUAUGCGGAAAAUUAAUUGAUAAGAUAUCUUUCGGGUUUAAAAUGUGCUCGAAUUGCUACUUAAUUUCUUCUGGGUGGACAAAAUCAAAUUUUACUAAUAGGUCUAUUCCAAUUCUUUAUUUACCAUGGUGGGACGCUUCUAAUAAAAGUAGUGUUUGUAACCAUAAUCUAAAAUUUAUAACCGAUUGUCAAAAAUGGUGUUCAGAUUGCUUCAUAGUUUACGUAGGGUGUAGAUACUGUUUGACAACAAACAUAAUUUUUGGAAUUACCGAUCAAACUCAAUGUAAGAAAUGCAAAAGAAUAUCAAAUAUAGUUAUCGAUAUCACAAAUAUUAGCAGUGGAAAUCAUAAUAUAGAUGAAUUUCUUAUUUCUACAAGAACCAACAUCGAUAGUCAUCAUAAGAUUGCUAAUUAUAUGAAUGAUAUAGAUAAAAAUUCUGAUCCUUUAAACGUGUAUCGUUUCAUUGAACAUGAACUCAAAAUUAGUACAAAACGAACAAUGGAGUGGAUUCCAUAUUCUCAAAUUAAAAAUUCAGAAAAAAUAGCAGAAGGGGGAUUUGGAAUCAUUUAUAAAGCAACUUGGUUCAAAACUCUUGCUGCCGUAAAAAGAUUUUCAAAUUCGCACGAUAUCAGUAAAUAUUUUUUAAAUGAAUUAAAAUCACUCCAUCGAUGUUAUGACACGCUUUUUAUUAUCAAAUAUUAUGGUAUUACGCAAGAUCCUGCAAUAAAAGAUUAUAUGUUAAUAAUGGAAUAUGCGAGUGGUGGAAAUUUACACAAUUACUUGAGGAAAAAUUUCGCAAAUAUUAAAUGGAUCACAAAAUUGGCUAUUUUAUGUCAAAUUUCAGAUGGACUUAAGACUAUUCACAAUGAAAAUUUUAUACAUCGAGACUUCCAUAGUGGGAAUAUAUUAUCGUUAAAAGACGAUCAUAAAAAGUGGGUAAUUGGAGAUUUAGGAUUGUCACAACCAGCAAAUAAUUCAUCGAAUAAUGAAAUAUAUGGGGUAGUGCCUUAUGUCGCACCGGAAAUAUUUCGAGGUGGCGCAUUUUCUAAAGAAUCUGAUAUAUAUAGUAUGGGUAUGAUUAUGUGGGAACUUACGUCAGGUUGUAGGCCUUUUUCUAAAGUUGAACAUGAUACAGAACUGGUUUUGAAGAUUAUUGAUGGUAAAAGACCUGAUAUUACGAUUGAUACUCCUGAGACUUUUGCUAAUUUAAUGAAAAGAUGUUGGGAUUCUGAUUCAUCAAAAAGACCCUCCAUAAUUGAAAUUAAAGAAACCGUCGAUAAUUGGUAUAAUAAAUGUAAAAAAAAUGAUGAGAUAUUUACUAAAGCCGAAAAUAAACGAUUAGAAUUAGUAGAAUCGAAACAAAUUGGUCCCGAAAAACAACAUCCUGGCGUUGUUUAUAAUAGUCAAUCUUUAAAUUCUUUCAUUUUUCAAGUUUCAUCUUCUAAUUCGUCUUUAACAAAUUCGAAGCAAACAAAUACUUCGGAAGAGUUUGAUAUAUAUAAUACUAAAUGUAAACUCGGACCAGCUGAUUUUAAACCCUCAAAAUCUUUGCCUAUUAAUACAUUAUCUGGUAUGUACUAAUAAAAAGAAAUUCUUAAUUUAUGUACUAAGUUUAUUUUUUAUUUAUAGGAUAUAAAUCAACAGAUUUAGAUUUUGAUAUUGAUAAAAGUACCC